AUGAGGUUAUGGCUUCGAGAUCGAUGGUGCGAGAUUGAGGAGCAGCCGGUGGCCUUCUUACGUGUUAUGACUGCUCGGGUGAAGUACGAGAUCGACGUUCUGAUGCCAGGGUACACUCAUCUGCGACGAGCCCAGUCAAUCCGGUGGUCGCACUGGAUAUUCAAUUACGGCUCUGCAUUCGUCACGGACCUGGAAAGGCUUAGAGAAUUCAUCAAACGGAUUGAUCGCUCUCCUCUUGGUUCAGGAACUCUAGUCGGCAACUUAUUCGGCAUCGAUCGAGACGCCAUCGCAAAGAACCUUGGCUUCGACGGAACAAUCAACAAUUCCAUGGCAGCCAUUGUAGAUCGAGAUUUCGUCGUCGAGGCUCUGCAAUGGUCCGCAACCUUGAUGCAGCGCAUCUUACGCGGGGCAGAAGAUCUGAUCUUGUACUCGACCGCCAAAUUCGGCUUUGUCCGCCUCGCAGAUGCAUACUCCACAGGAAGCAAUCUGAUGCCACAAAGAAGAAACCUAACUCCUUAG